AUGAUGCUCCAAUCACUCUGGGAUUUCUCCUGGCAUUUCUGCAACGGCAACGAGUUCAUGAUCUUCACCCUAUAUUCAACGGCGCUCAUCACCGUCGUCUAUCUGCUGCUCAACAUCCCAUUUCUAAUCAUCGAUUUUGUACAACCAGCCUGGGUACAACAAUACAAGAUCCAGGGCAAGAAAUAUGUGACAUGGCAGAAAUACUCAUCCACAUUCCCACUAAUUGCCUUCAACACGACCGUGGUGGCCGCAUCCGUUUCGACAAUUUUCUACGUAUUGGGCAAAUAUACUGGAGUUAGCUUUUCGAGAGAAGUCCCUUCCCUUUUGAUAAUACUGCGUGAUCUCAUCUUCUCGGUGCUCAUCGAAGAACUGGGUUUCUACUAUACACAUAGACUUUUCCAUCAGCCCUUCUUCUACAAAAGGAUACACAAAAUCCAUCACAGAUGGACGGCGCCAGUUUCGAUAACUAGCGUCUACUGCCAUCCACUGGAGCACGCAAUUUCAAAUCUUAUGCCGAUUAUGCUAGGCCCAACUCUGAUCGGUGCCCACAUGAUCACAAUGACGGAGGGCACGAAACUCGUUCUACCCGCCGGGCAAGCCCCCACCGAGAUCGAGAAGCAGAUCGCCGGCUCGUUGACUGAUCUCGAGAACAGCAAGGACCUACGUGGACAACUCCGUGAGCUCUACAUCGUCGGAGUCAAGGAGAUCGACCACGGAAACAAGAAGAUCGUCGUCGUCUACGUUCCCUUCCCGCAGCUCAAGCUCUUCAACAAAAUCCAGGUUCAAUUGAUCCGCGAACUGGAGAAGAAGCUUGGAGGCAAGCACGUUGUCUUCAUCGCGAAGCGACGCAUUCUGCCCAAGCCCCAACGCGGAAACAAGAGGAUCCCGGAGAAGCAGAAGCGGCCGCGCUCCCGAACCCUCACGGCCGUUCACGAAGCGAUCCUCGAGGACAUCUGCUUCCCCGCCGAAAUCGUCGGCAAGAGGAUCCGAGUCAAGUCUGAUGGCAAGCGCAUCAUCAAGUGCCACCUCGACAAGCAACAGCAGACCAACGUUGAGCACAAGGUCGACACUUUCACCCACGUUUAUAAGAAGCUCACCGGAAAGGAUGUGACAUUUGAGUUCCCGGACCCCCUUUUGCUUAAUUGUUUUUGU